UUUCCCGGCGACCUUCGCGGCAGGCUCAGGCGUCAGGGCAGAUCGUCAUGGCUGGGGCUGGUUCUGCUGCUGUGUCGGGGGCAGGGACCCCAGUGGCCGGGCCCACGGGCCGCGACCUCUUCGCCGAGGGGCUCCUGGAGUUCCUGCGGCCGGCUGUGCAGCAGCUGGACUCCCACGUGCACGCCGUCAGAGAAAGCCAGGUAGAGCUCCGGGAACAAAUUGACAACCUAGCUACAGAACUGUGUCGAAUCAAUGAGGAUCAGAAGGUGGCCCUGGAUCUGGACCCCUAUGUUAAGAAGCUGCUUAAUGCCAGGCGACGAGUUGUCUUAGUCAACAACAUUCUACAGAAUGCCCAGGAACGGCUAAGGCGAUUAAGCCACAGUGUUGCCAAGGAAACAGCCAGAAGGAGAACAAUGCUGGAUUCAGGAGUUUAUCCUCCCGGUUCUCCAAGCAAGUAACAGCAUGGGCCUGUGACCUGAGUGUACAAGCAACCAUUCCCCAGCUGCCUUGUUUUGACAGACAUCAAAGGAGUCCAGGAAACAGUUCCUUUAGACCUUGGGACAAAAAGGGUGCCCUUUGGUUUCUGUUUGAAGUACUUAUUUAUGUAGUUGCCUCAAGAAACCUACGACAGGACUAAUUUCCUAAAGGACAUAUAUCCUAGCUUUUGCUUCCAAGAAUGGGCCUCUACUUUGUUUCUUGAGACAAGGUCUCAAACAUGAGGUCCUCUUGCCUCAGCCUCCUGAGUGUUGGGAUUAUAGGCGUAUGCCACUGUGUCUGGUUCAGGUCUCUAUACUCCCUUCCCCCCUGGAAUUUUUAAAUAGAUGAGGCAUCACAUGGUAGAAAAUUCAGAAAACAUCAAAGAUUUAGGGAAGAAAAUAAACUUCCACUCCUUCCCUACUUAUCAACACAGUUCCUUUCUGGGAGGAAUAACCUUCCCUAUGUAUUUUAAAUCCUCCUAGCCAGCACAACUCUUGCUUAUUACUGCUUCCUGGCCCCAGGAGAGCAUGAUACACGAGGGACCCAAAGUCAAGAGCAGAAACCCCAAGCCUUUUUUUUUUUUUCUUUCCCCCCAAGACAGUAUCUUUAUCUAUAGCUCUGGUUGGCCUGAAACUUGCUAUGUAGACCAGACUGGCUUUGACCUCAGUGAUCUGCUUGCCUCUGCCUCCCCAGUGCUGGGAUUGAACAUGGGUGCCACCACACCUGACCAAGCCUUUGUUUUUCUAGAGCUACAUAUUUGAAUCCUCUUUUUUCAGCCUAGUUAACCAGUGUCGAGCGUCCAUGUUACUAGGACCUAGGCAAGUUGUCCUCUGCCUGAUUGCUGCUUCGUUUACAUUGAGUACUUAGAGAAGGCAGGCAAUUCAAGGUGAUUGAUCUAACCUCUUACUGUCCUAGAUUGAGCAUAUUAACAGUAUUAAGAGUUAAUUCAAUAAAUGCUUGUAUUAGGGU